CGCAUGAACCGUAGAAGAAGAGUGGCGCCAAAGUGCCAUGGCGGCUGACAGUUUGUAGCGUGACAGCAAAAGCGCCACAGAGUCCUGCAAGUUUAAAAUAUCACCUUUGCACCGUGUUUGUGGAUUUAAUUACGCCGCCAUAAUGCAGAUCACUUUGAAAACUUUGCAACAGCAGACGUUCAAAAUCGACAUCGACGAGGAGGAGACGGUGACAACAUUAAAAGAGAGGAUUGAACAAGAGAAGGGCAAGGACAAUUUUCCUAUUGCCGGGCAGAAACUCAUCUACGCUGGUAAAAUCCUCAGCGAUGACUCUGUCCUCAAGGAAUACAAAAUUGAUGAAAAGAACUUUGUGGUCGUCAUGGUGACAAAGCCUAAAAAGGCCCCUUCUGCAGCUCAGCCAUCACCAGCCACAUCGACACCCAGCACGGCGCCUCCUCUUCCGACACCGUCGUCAACUGCCUCACACAAUCCAACCGAGCGACUUCCAGCGGACGGACAAGCCGAAGCAAGGCGACCCGCCGCUGCUGCUGCUUCAGACACGGCCGCCACUGCCGUUCCUGUUCCCCCCUCAACGGGGGUCUGGGAGACGUUUGGCAACUUAAUGGACGAGGCAGGUUCAAAUGUUGUGACGGGCUCGUCGUAUGACUCCAUGGUGACGGAGAUGAUGUUGAUGGGCUAUGAGAGGGAGCAGGUUGUGGAGGCGUUGAGGGCCAGCUUCAACAACCCCGACCGAGCCGUGGAGUACCUGCUCUCGGGUAUGCCAGGCAGGGACCAGCCUCGGGGCAGAGAGUCCGACACGGCGUUGAGCGGAGCGCCAGCCGGACCAACGGGAGACCUAAAUGACCCGAACAACAUGGGCGCCUCACAGGGCACAGAUAAUCCGCUGAGUUUCUUAAGGAAUCAGCCGCAGUUCCACAUGAUGCGGCACCUGAUCCAGCAGAACGCAUCACUGCUUCCCGCUCUGCUGCAAGAGAUCGGUAGGGAAAACCCAGAGCUGCUGCAGGAAAUCAGCAACCACCAGGAGCACUUCAUUCAAAUGCUUAACGAGCCUCUCCCCGAGUCACCGGGACCCAUGGCCCAGGACUCUGGGAGCUCCGGAGGUGCGCCAAGCGACCCGCAGAGCGGCAGCAACAUGAACUACAUCCAGGUCACCCCGCAGGAGAAGGAAGCUAUUGAGAGGUUAAAAGCGUUAGGCUUUCCAGAGGGACUGGUCAUACAAGCCUACUUCGCGUGCGAGAAGAACGAGAAUUUGGCUGCCAACUUCCUUUUACAGCAGAACUUUGAUGACGAUUGAGAGAUGACCAACUUGUGCGCUUUUGUUUUAUUUCUUAUGUUUGAUUGUCACUAUUGAAUAUAAGCCAUUUGCAUCACCUCAGCUCCCAAAAAUGAUUUCACCAUUGAAUUGAUUAAUUAGUAGUUAAUCUUUUUUUUGUUUUCAAAUAAUUAUAUAUUUUUUCUGUGUAAAGUAUGACUUAAAAUGGCUGUAAACUGUACACAUACCUAAUGUCUUGUUUUUGUUUAGUUUUUUAAAUGAACCAGCUGAAGAUCAGUGCUUUACACACAUAAUACUUGUCUUAAUCAAAAAUAAAUUUCCCAUGUGCGCUCCUGUGAGUGCCCCCCCAUUGCAACAAUUUAACCAA